AGAGAGAGAGAGAGAGAGAGAGAGAGAGAGACAGAGGAAGAGAGAGACAGAGAGAGAGAGAGAGAGAGAGAGAGAGAGAGUGAGAGAGUGAGAGGAUUUUUGCCAUCUGACAGUGCCAGUACGUUUCAUUCUGCAGCACUCGAGCUCUCAGGGAGCGCGCCUCUGUAACGAAGCGCGGCACAAGGGAACAAAAUAACCGAAACGAGUCUGUUUAUAGCCUAACCUUCGAUAAACCGGUUAGCAAACAGUGGUGACGAAUUGUAUGACUAUGGAAGUGUUCCAUUACUGAGGUAAUCGUUUCAAAUAAGACAGUAUUUUGAUCUGUGUGUUCAUUUGACAAGUGACUGUACCGACCGUGCCUCCCGGUGUCGGCUCUGUCCCAGGUGCUGAAAGCGCUGGCGGUGCGUUUCCGUAGCAACCAACGACCAAGUUUAGGCUACACCGCCAAACACCGAUUUCUUAUGAGAACAGGAAACGCCGAGUGGUGGAGGAAAAGAGCCCGGUGCGGUGAAUGUUAAGCAACUCUCCGCCACAGACCGAGGUGUGGAUCCCGUUAACGCGAAUAAAUGGGAUAUUCGGUUGCCCGGGCAGGAUGUAAAACAUCUUUUGAAGGAUGGGAAAACAAAGCUUCUCUGCGGCGACACUGCCACUGCUCGUUCUGGGUUGGCUCACGGUAUCCGCUACCGCUGCUGACUCAACUCUGUCGGCUCCUGUCAAUGUGACGAUCAGGGAGCUGGAGGCGAACACAGCCAUAGUCACAUGGGAGAUACUGGAGGGAGAUCCCGUCAUCGGAUUCGCCGUCACACAACAGAAGAAGGAUGUGCGCAUGUUGCGGUACAUCCAGGAAGUAAACACGACCACGCGCUCCUGUGCAUUAUGGGACUUGGAGGAGGACACGGAGUACAUUGUUCAUGUCCAGAGCAUCAGCAUGGGAGGCAGUAGUCCUCCCAGUGACCCGGUCAGCUUCAGAACUCCCAGAGAGUCUGAGAAACUGGCCUCCACAGGCCCAGACGAGGUGAACAGGGAGGAGAUGGUGAUCAGAAAGCUCAGGUGUGGUGUGAUCCUCCUGUUCUGUCGUCAGUAUGACAUCAUCAAAGACAACGAGCCCAACAACAACAAGGACAAAGCCAAGACCUCGUCAGAGUGCAGUACUCCAGAACACCCACAGGGGGGGCUACUGCGCAGCAACGUCUGAAAACAGCCCCCACUGGCCACUCACCUAUAUGGCAAUAACCUCCAAUCCUAUUCCUCAGGACAGGUGAGGCUACACAGCCAACCAGAACCGUCAUACCUGAGGCUGCAUCCUGAUUCUUCAUACUUCUCCUGAAGUGUGCGUGUCCUUGUAUCUACAACAUGACGAUCACCACUACGAUGAUGAUGAGCUCUCCAGCUCCGAGCUAAGACCCCUGACACCAUCUCCUCCACAAAUCAGCACCUCAGACUACAGCACAGCACCGCACCAGGAACCCAGCCCAGCCAAUCCCAGCAGCACAGCCCCAUACCAGGAACCCAGCCCAGCCAAUCCCAGCAGCACAGCACCGCACCAGGAACCCAGCCCAGCCAAUCCCAGCAGCACAGCACCGCACCAGGAACCCAGACCAGCCAAUCCCAGCAGCACAGCACCGCACCAGGAACCCAGACCAGCCAAUCCCAUCAGUAUAGCCCCGCACAGGAACCCAGCCCAGCCAAACCCAGCAGCCCAGCAGCACAGCCCACAAUGGACCACAACCACCUACCACCCAGAGUGGGGAGACUGAAGAGGUGUAGGGUGAACCUGCCUCGAGACGCUGAUCUUGGGUCAGCGUCUAGGGUUGUGCCUUUCAGAUUAUAAUACACAAGGUUAAAUGGACACGGGAGGCCUGAUCAUAGAUCAGCACUCCCACUCUGAGACGCUUUAUGAACAGAGAGGAAUUGAUAGGUGUGGUUGAAAGUUCCAGCGAGACUAUCAGAGGGUAAAGUUAUUAUCAUAUUGCUUAAACUUAUCAAAUCAUUUCAGAUCGCAACAGAUGUCUAGAGGGAAGGGGUUAGUGAUCGUUUCUGGACAAGGAGCCUCUGUCUCCCCUUCCCUCUCUCCAGAUCACUGUCUCUACACUCUCUAUCUCCCUCUCCCCAGAUCACUGUCUCUACACUCUCUGUCUCCCUCUCUCUCCAGAUCACUGUCUCUACACUCUCUAUCUCCCUCUCUCCCCAGAUCACUGUCUCUACACUCUCUAUCUCCCUCUCUCCCCAGAUCACUGUCUCUACACUCUCUGUCUCCCUCUCUCCCCAGAUCACUGUCUCUACACUCUCUAUCUCCCUCUCUCCCCAGAUCACUGUCUCUACACUCUCUAUCUCCCUCCCCAGAUCACUGUCUCUACACUCUCUAAACUCUCUGUCUCCCCCUCCCUCUCCCCAGAUCACUGUCUCUACACUCUCUAUCUCCCUCUCUCCCCAGAUCACUGUCUCUACACUCUCUGUCUCCCUCCCUCUCCCCAGAUCACUGUCUCUACACUCUCUAUCUCCCUCUCUCCCCAGAUCACUGUCUCUACACUCUCUAUCUCCCUCUCUCCCCAGAUCACUGUCUCUACACUCUCUAUCUCCCUCUCUCUCCAGAUCACUGUCUCUACACUCUCUAUCUCCCCCAUCAUUAAGUCCUAUUUUGGACAGGAAUAUGACGUUGUUUUAGAGCCCCUCCUAAACCCUAGCCUCUGACUCAUAAGGAAGGUGACUUCCCGUCCUAAACCCUAGCCUCAUAAGGAAGGUGACUUCCUCUCCUAAACCCUAGCCUCAUAAGGAAGGUGACUUCCUCUCCUAAACCCUAGCCUCAUAAGGAAGGUGACUUCCCCUCCUAAACCCUAGCCUCAUAAGGAAGGUGACUUCCCCUCCUAAACCCUAGCCUCAUAAGGAAGGUGACUUCCUCUCCUAAACCCUAGCCUCAUAAGGAAGGUGACUUCCUCUCCUAAACCCUAGCCUCAUAAGGAAGGUGACUUCCUCUCCUAAACCCUAGCCUCAUAAGGAAGGUGACUUCCUCUCCUAAACCCUAGCCUCAUAAGGAAGGUGACUUCCUCUCCUAAACCCUAGCCUCAUAAGGAAGGUGACUUCCUCUCCUAAACCCUAGCCUCAUAAGGAAGGUGACUUCCUCUCCUAAACCCUAGCCUCAUAAGGAAGGUGACUUCCCCUCCGUCUGUCUCUCUUCCUGGGCUGAAACCUUGUUGCCCUUGUUAGUUGUCCUCCUACAGUAUCCAAUCUGAAGGAUCAAAUCUGACACUGUUUUUAUGACAGCAUAUAGCAGGGUCAGAGAGAAGACUGGCUGGAGAAGAUGGCCCCCUAUCCCCUACACCCCUAUCCCCUACCCUCUACACCCUAUUCCCUACCUCCUACACCCUACCCUCUACCCCCUACACCCCUAUCCCCUACCCUCUACACCCUAUUCCCUACCUCCUACACCCUACCCUCUACCCCCUACACCCCUAUCCCCUACCCUCUACACCCUAUUCCCUAC